AAAAUUGACCCCUUUGGCCGUGGAUGACUUGAAGCUGAGGUUUGAAGUACGUCAAGACUCAAGAGGCCACUCGUACCUCUCUGGAGUUCUCUCGUCUUCAUUCUUUUCUUAGACGGCCUACGAUUCUGCCUUCACUCUCGAGCCUAAAUGAGUCGCCAUCCGGAGGUUCUUUGGGCUCAGCGCUCUGAUAAGGUUUAUCUGACCAUUGCUCUACCUGAUGCAAAAGACGUUUCUGUGAAGUGUGAGCCUCAGGGCUUGUUCAGUUUCUCUGCUCAAGGGGUGCAAGGAGAAUCGUUUGACUUCAGCUUGGAAUUGUAUGGCCCAAUAGUACCUGAGGGCUGUAAAACUAAAGUUGGGUUAAGGAACAUCAUGUGCUCAAUCCAGAAAGAGCAGAAAGGUUGGUGGAAAGGACUAUUAAAGUCGGAAGUAAAGCCUGCUCCUUACCUUAAGGUUGAUUGGAACAAAUGGUGCGACGAGGAUGAGGAAGAGUCAACUUCUGAUUUGGCCUCAGAUGAUGAUGCUGCUGCUGCGCAUGUUGGUCAAGAUGAUGGAAGCACUGAUGACGAAGGAAUGCUCUAUCUUCCCGACUUGGAAAAGGCAAGAGGAAACUAGCAACUGUGAGUACUGACAUGUAACAUGGAGCAGGUUUUUAUGUUCCAACCACUCUUCUUAGAAAUAGGUAAAUGAGGGAAAGGUUAGUGACCAUGACUCGUGUUUGUGUACAUCUGAUUGAACUCAUGCUCAAAAAGUAGUCGGACCUUUGAUUUUCUGAGUUACUUUUGAUUGCAUGGGCCUGUAUGCUUGGUUGUCUGACCAGGUUUGUCUGGUUACUUCUUUAUGGCGUUCUAAGGGCUCAUUGUGUGGUUUCUGAUAUUCUUUUAUCAGUUUAGAAGUAAGGAUAAUGUGCUUAGAUCUUUUAUGCCAACUGAUGAAAAUAGAUGAACUUACAUAGAUUGCUAUUUCAA